AUCGAUUUCUGGCUGUCGACUGGAGUCGCCCGGUCCAGAACAUCUAGAACGCUACUACAUUGUAACAAUCCCGCCUGUUGAUGCGAGACCAAUGGACUCUGCAGCGCCUCCGCCGCGGUUCUGUCGCAACGGCGAUCGCGGCUAUCAGCCGAACAACACCAAGAACAUGCCCACCAUGGCACGCAUCUAGAGCCACCAUACCAGCAGCAACCAUCCGCCGCCUCACCACUGCUCCCAGAGCUCAUCAUCAUCACCGCUUCAAACACUUCACACACCCCCUACCCACAACGAUUCCCCCUCAGAAACGCACCCUCCUCACCUCCACCCUCCCCCCCAUCCUCAUCCCCCCAACCAUCUUCAUUGGCCUCCUCCUCGCCCUCUGGACGUGGAAAUGCAUCUGGAUUGUCCUCCUGCAAGACAAACUCCUCUACCUCUCGUGGCUGCCCCCCCUCUCCCGCUCCGAAACCAUCGCCGCCUACGAACCCGACUGCCGUCCCGUGCAAUGGACCACGCAGCAGAUCCGCAGCUUGGACGGCACCAAGCUCACCGUCUGCGAGGGCCGUCUCCCUCCGCUACCAACCCACGAGUCUAACCAGAGGAGGGUAGUAGUCAUCUGCUACUUCCAGGGCAACGGGGGCUCCACCCCGCUCCGCUUACCCUUACUCUCUCAGACCCUACGGACGCUGGCUCCCUCCUCCCGGCAGUCCCAACCUCCCGAGGAACAGGUCGACUACAUCAUCGUCGCCCUCUCCUACCGCGGCUACUGGACCUCCUCCGGCCGCGCCUCACAGAAGGGGAUUGAGCGCGACGCCCAGGCGUUUCUGGGUUGGGUGAUGCGCACCUAUGCGGCGUCGGCGAGGGAGGUAAGCGUCGUCCUGUGGGGUCAUAGUCUCGGCGCGGCGAUUGCGAGUACCGCGCUGGCGACGCAUCUGUGCGACGGGGGAGGCGAGGUAGUCCCGGUCGCUUCGCCGCAUGCCGGUCGUGAUCACGCUCCGGGAGUGGUAGUGGCUGCGGCUGCGGCUGCGGCGACGCCACUGCCGAUUCGCGGGCUGGUCCUGGAGGCUCCCUCCGCCAGUGUCAAAGACAUGUUGAUCAGUCUGUAUCCGCAGAAGUGGCUGCCCUACCGUUACCUGUGGCCGUUUCUGUGGAAUCAUUGGGAUGGUGUGGCGGCUUUGCGGCGGAUGGCGGCGUGGCGGGAUCAGAGGCAGAUGCCGAUCCAGAAAAGUGGGGAUGGGGCCAGCGCUGUGAGGAGGCUGCCGCCGAUUCUGUUACUGACGGCGGAGAAGGAUGAGGUGAUUCCUCCCGAGGCGGCGGCGCAGUUGGAGGAGGAGGCGAGGAGGCUGCGGAUCGAGAUGGUGAGGACUGAGGUGGCCGGCGCGAUGCAUACGGAGGCCCCGGUGCGGCCGGUGGGGAGGAGGGCGUUGGUGGAGUUUAUACUGAGGUGCUCGGGUGAGUCUUAGCUUGUUUGGGUUGGGGUAGUGUGCAAUAGGC